ACAUCACAUAUUAAUAUUGCUCUGAUCAGAUAACGACUGCUGUAGAUGCUGUUAAAAUCUUCAGAUACAGCCAUAUUCUGGUACUGACAAAUUGUGCUCUAACUCUGCAGUUUUUCAUUUGAAUUCUAGAUUGCUUUACAACUCAGAUUUCAAAUGAUUGUGAACAGGUUUCCUCUAUCAUCCAGAGCUUAACAAUCUUCAGACAUUACAUCAUGGCGGCAAGAUUUCCUAAAGGAAACAAAGUUCAGCUCCGACCUCGAAAAGGUCAUGACAUGACAUGGUCAUGUGAUGAGCAUGGUGAACCAAUCAAAUUUUACUGCUUAGAACACGAAUUGCCAGUUUGUCAUCCAUGCGCGACCAAAGAUCACCAGAAACCAUGCAAGCUGGAAAACAUCCAGGAUAUCAUCUUUCAGAGGAGGGAGAAUUUGUACGACAAAAAACCAAAGAUAGAAGAAACGAAGAAACAACUGAAAACUCUGGUCUCUAAAAUAGAAACUGUUGCAACGUCUGCAAGUAGGAGCAUCGAUGCAGUCAAGGACCAAGUGAAGAUGACAUUCGAAGACAAGUUAAAGAGUGUUAGGGAUAAGAAAGUGAGAAAGCAUCGGGUGAUUCAUGAGUGGGCAGAUGAGAGAAUUAGAAAGAUUUCUGAGGAAAUGGACAAAAAGAUCAAGGAUUGCAACACUGAGAUAGAAAAGGAAGAACAAAACAUCAAAGACAAAGAAGCUAAAUUGUUAAAAGAUACAACGACAAUCAGUGAGGUAGUUACUAAGAAGACAAACAAUCUCUCUUGUAAAAAUCAGCAUGCAAUAAAUACUUUGAUGAACAUUGAAUCAACCAUCAAACGUAUAAACCAACAUGAUGAAACAUUGGUGAAUGAAGCUCCUCAAAUACUUGCAUCUAUUGAUGAAAAUCUAAGUUUGAAUGUUCAUCAAAAUGUGAGCGACUGUCUUGACCGAAUAGAGAAUGAAGUUGAGAGAGUGAAGUUUGUAGAGGGGGAAGUAGGUGAAAAAUGCUAUGGUAGAAUUGAUGGGUGUUUAGGUAAAUGGGAACUUGUCAAGUCAAUCCACAUUACAUCGGUUGUUCAUAAACCGUUGGUGCGUGGUUUGAUCAGUGAGGAUGAGAUCUGUGUGCAAGAUGUACCUAACUAUAACAUGUACCUUACAAACAUCAACACUCAACACACAGAGAAAGUCAUUGAUGGAGGUGAGCUGAUUACAUUAUGUGCGCUCAUAGACAGUAACGUAAUAGUAUGUGGUAAGGUGAGACGUGGUUGCACGGGUUACAGGUUGAAUGGAUGCAUCACUCUCUAUGAUAGACAAUGGAAGGUGAUUAGAGACAUCAGCAUACCAAGGAAUGGAUACGAUAGUCAUGUGUAUGUUGAUGUUGACAGGGAUGGGAUGAUCAUUGCUGGUCAGUACUAUCAGUCUAAUAUCUACAUCAUCAAUCCUGCUGAUGAUAAGAUAGUAAACACUAUUAAGAUGCAGGUUAAGAAGGUGAUGGGUGGGAUACAAGCCUUGUCAUCGGGUGAUAUCGUUGUGAGGACAGGUUAUCAUGAAUACACUGUCAUCUCACGAUCAGGAGAAGAGAAGGCUGUCAUACACUGUGAUGAGUGGUGCGAAUCACAGUGUCGCGUUGACAAACUGACAGACACACUCUACAUCAUGUACUGGGAUAGAGCGCGUAAUACCUACGCAGUUGAUCAGGUGUCACGUGAUGGUAUCAUCCAGGCAAGGAGGAUUGUGGAAUAUGUGGAAUCAGAUCGCACUCACUUCAUCAGCCCUUGUCUUGUUACUCCUUCUGGCAACCUCGUAGGAUGUGAUGGAGAGAAACUUCAUCUUUACAAGAAGACAUUCGUCUUGUAAAUCAUCAAGAAUCUCACUCAGCAUAGUCUCCAGGGGCAGACCCUGAUUGAAACUUUGAUUAACAAGUGUGUCUCCACACAAAGACUAGCAUAUACAAAACUUUGAUGGCCUUGAGGUGGCUGCACAUUCAGACCAUAAUCUCGAGUGAAGGGUUUGCACGGCAGACUAAUCUAAAUGAGUGAUAAUGUGUUUUUAAAGAGCAUUUCAGAGCAAUCUUUAGCUACAUUUCCAUUUGUAUUCAACUUCAAUCUGCCACCCCUUAUACCCAUUGGGGCAGUUUCAUAACUUGUUAUAGUCACAAUCCGUAGUUAAAAGCUACUGAUAUAAUUCAAUUUGAAUGGAUCAUAGUAACCUUCGGAACAGAAAUUUUUUUUAUAACAAGUCUUUAUGAAACAUAACUCGUUAUACAUGUAGUAACAAUCAAUAGCUACAAAAUACUGAAAUAAUUCAAUUUGAUUGGAUCAUAGUAACCUUCAGAUAGAAAUUGUUAUUAUAACAAGUCUUUAUGUAACAGGACCAUGGAGACAUUCAUGUUUGAUACAAUGGUCAUGCCUAUGUGUUAUUAAAUUCAAUGUAAUGUAUUUGAACGACGAUUAUUUUUAAGUUAACAAUUCAAUGCUUGUGUGUUCAUACAUGUAUUAUGCUGGUAAAAGUCUAGACAUUCUUUAUUCAAGAAUGAUAUCAUUGAAAUUUGAAUCUUCUUUCUUUCAAGUCCCUUCUCUAUGUUUUUACAAUAAAAUCAUUCAUAUUUUGACCAAUUAAACUUUGACAGAAUAUGAUUUUAAAAAUCAUAAAGAGUUCGAAUUUUCAUUUUAACCGAAUUUAAAUGAUAUUAUCAUCCCACAUUCCUCCGAAAGUUUACAAUGCCCUAACCAAACAGAUUACUAAUUUCAAGAAUUAAAAAUUCAUACUAUUAAAUUGAAAUAUAUUUAGCUUUGUUUUGUAUAUAAAUCUGUCAGUAGGUUUGUCAUUGUAUAUAUAUAUAUCACAUUUAAAUAUUUUUUUUGCACGCAUACAUGCAUAUCCUCGUCAUUGCUUACCUUAAAAUAAUGUUUCAAUAAUUUAUCCUGUUUAUUUUCCCAAGCUUUUUGUUUGAUCAUAUCUUUCACCUCUGUAUUAAAGAAGCUUUCCAAUCUUAUCUUUAUUAAACCAAUUCAUAUAUAGUAUAUCCAAUUUUUGUAAAAAGUGCAAAUUUCUUUUAUAAUAUAAAGUGCAGUAUACAUGUAUAAUGAUAUGAUAUUUAAAGAUCAUCUAUUUGGGUUAAUACAUGUACGAUAAAAGUUUAUACUUAGAAAGUAGAAUUUGAGUCUUACAAAUGAUGUUAUAUUCUUUUGUAACAUGUUUUCAUUAAAUUUAGUAUGGGAAUUGUAGUCCUUGAUGUAAGAUAGUAAAAUGAUAUGGUUGUAUUUGAUCUUUACACCUUCAGGAGGAUUGACAGAAUUAUAACAUAUGAAUCAGAGCAAACAUUGUUUGGUGUAAAUCAAGAGGAAAGAAAUAGAUAUCUUUAUGCUGGAAUAAAAUGGUGAUAGCCAAGAAAGACAAGAAAGAUUCAAUCAUGAAUAUAAAAUAUGCGAAAGAUUGGUCAAUCAACUACCAGUUGUAAACACAUUACUGAUCUAAAUCUAUCAAUCAUUUUGAAUAAAUGUUGUAAAUGAUCAAAAUCAUUCAUUAUGGUUGCAUGUGAAAUUUGUAGGAAUUUCAAUCAAAAGAUCAUUAUGGUGAUAGGGAGAGACAGUUUUUAAAUUCUCUACAAGGAAUAUUAAUCUGAUGUAUAAUCAAGUAAUUUUGUCAGCCUAAAUGCUAUUCAAAUGAGAAACCUAAACAUAUAAA